CAGUGUGGGGAAGUCUACACUUUUGACAAUGUUAACGGGCACACAUUCCGAAGCUGCAUCUUAUGAGUUCACAACUCUGACCUGUAUUCCUGGGAUUAUACACUAUAAUGAUACUAAGAUUCAGUUACUUGAUCUUCCUGGAAUUAUUGAAGGUGCUUCUGAAGGAAAGGGACGUGGGAGGCAGGUUAUUGCUGUUACUAAAUCUUCAGACAUAGUACUGAUGGUUCUUGAUGCUUCCCAAAGUGAGGGUCAUAGGCAAAUAUUGACCAGAGAGUUGGAAGCUGUUGGCUUGCGGUUAAACAAGAGACCACCUCAGAUAUAUUUUAAAAAGAAAAAAACAGGAGGCAUUUCAUUCAACAGUACUUUGCCUUUGACUCAUGUGGAUGAGAAGCUUUGUUAUCAGAUUCUGCAUGAGUACAAGAUUCACAAUGCCGAGAUCCUUUUCCGUGAGGAUGCCACAGUGGAUGAUCUCAUAGAUGUCAUCGAAGGAAACCGUAAAUACAUGAAGUGUGUAUAUGUCUACAACAAGAUAGAUGUUAUUGGUAUUGAUGAUGUGGAUAGAUUAGCCCGCCAACCCAAUUCUGUUGUCAUUAGCUGCAAUUUGAAGCUGAACUUAGACAGACUACUUGCGAGGAUGUGGGAUGAAAUGGGUCUGGUUCGAGUUUACACAAAACCACAAGGCCAGCAGCCUGAUUUCACUGAUCCUGUGGUUCUUUCUGCUGAUAGAGGUGGCUGCACUGUAGAAGACUUCUGCAACCAUAUACACAGAAGUUUGGUGAAGGAUGUGAAGUAUGUUCUGGUCUGGGGUGCUAGUGCAAGGCACUACCCACAACAUUGUGGUCUUAGUCAUAAUCUUCGUGAUGAGGAUGUGGUUCAGAUUGUUAAGAAAAAGGAAAAAGAAGAGGGAGGAAGGGGACGAUUUAAAUCACAUUCGGACGCACCUGCUCGAAUAUCUGACAGACAGAAGAAGGCACCAUUGAAGACAUAAUUAUAUGACACUUCCUAUGAUUUCAUUGAUUUGCCUGGUGGAUGGGAAAAAUGACCAGAGGUGAUGGAUGAUACAUCCAAAAGCAAAGGUUCUUAUCUUGAUUGCUCAUGCAACAUAGGAUUGAAUGUUCCUCCUGAGAACUUGGGGCACCUAUGUCUUAGUCACCCAAGUGUUGUAACUUGUAAUUCCACCCCCGACCCCCUAAAUAAUAGUUUUGUUAAGUUAUCAUGUGUGCAUCCAUGACUUGAAGAGAAGCAGAAAGUAAAGGAAAUGGACACUGCAUCUUGAAAAUUUACUUGGUCACUAUUUCUUUGCCUUAAUAUAAUUUUUCUUUGGAUAGGACUUA